UAGGGAAGGUGAGGGUCACAGGAGAGCGCCUGCAGAAUAUGAUGCUAACGCACAAGGGAGUACCCACCGCCCCUUCCAAGCCAGCGCCCCCUCCCUACCCAGCCAGAGGAGUCUGACGGAGGUAACCCCCCUGAGAAGGACCCUGCCCUCUGAGGGCUCCAGACCCAUAAAGCCCAGACGACCCCCCCACGUCAACCUGCAGGCCCAUCAGAGAAACACCAGGGCACCACACCUUGCAGGGCGCCCAGGGUUAAGGAAGACUGAAGGUGGCAGCAGUAAGUCUCUUCCAGGGAUAGUCAGUCUGUCUGGCCCCUCAAGACUCCCAACCAAGCCCAGCAGCCUACCACGGCAGUGUACCCCUGUACAUUCUGAGGAUGACCAGGGGGAAUAUGAUGACAUAGGCCUAGGCCUAGAUGUAAAACCACCUCCCCCACCCCCAAACCCAAAACACCCAGGGAGCUGGGACAAAAGUGACUCCUGGAAUGAAAAUAGUUCUUCACAAAUAGAUAAGGGGAGCGAUGAAAGUGAGGUCUAUGAUAUGAUUGAUAAAGGCAACCAAGAGGAGGUGAAAACCACAAGUUCUGAUAAGAAUAAACAGAAAGAGUUGAGCCGGCAGGAGAGGAGAGAGCAAAAGGAAAUACUGGAAAGGGAAAACAAAUACAGAAAGAAAUUCAAGCUGGGGACUGGGGACAUAGAGGUCCUUCACAUGGCCAGGGUUCGACAUGACUGGCAGGGGGGCAAGCAGGAUCUAACUGUUCGGCAGGGAGACAGUGUGGAGAUCUUACGGGUUGAGAACAAUCCUGGGGGCAUGUGGCUAGCCCGCACACAGACUGGCACCUAUGGCUACAUCAUUAACACAUGUGUGGAUGUGGACUAUGAGGAAGUGAAACGUAAACUCAAACUGUCCAGAGCCCCUGACCCCUCACUGCCACCACCACCACCUCCACCUCCCGUCUCUUUUGAGGACAAUGACAUUUAUUAUGAUGUCGACUCCUCAGAUAACAUGAACAGCAGCAUGACUCAAGAGGAGGAUGACUACGAUGAUGUGCAAGGAAUAAACAAUGACUUCCCACUUCCACCUCCUAAAAUAAGUCUACAUCCAAAAAUGAGCAAGAAACUGGAGAAAGAUGAACAAGAGUUCAGAAAAAAAUUUAAGUUUGAGGGACCGAUUAAGGUGUUACACUGCAUGAUGGUUGACGCAAGCAUCAAGAAGGCAGGAGGCAAGGAUCUAGCUGUGGUUCAAGGAGAGAUCCUGGAGAUAAUUCAACUCACCAGUGGCAAGAAAGCCCUGUGUCGCAAUGAGCAGGGGAAAUAUGGAUAUGUGCCCAGGGUUGUUCUUCUUCAGGCGGAAGGGGAGGAUGUUUACGACGAUGUUGAUCAUAUUAACGAUAUCUAUGACAACGACAAUGUCUAUGAUCACACAAUCCACUGAAACCUUUUUCCUUUCCUGACCAACAUGGAUCACCAAUCCUGGACUGACAAUUUCAUGCUUGUCUUCCAGGGAGACACACACAGGGAGACACACACACACACACACACAUGUCCUAAGAAUUGAAACAAUCAUGGCAUGACUGUUGUUUGCUCGAAUUUGCUUGUAGAACUAUUUAAUACACUAUGCUUUGUUCAUGGCUGGGCUUCUUGAGAUGAGUUUGAAUAAUAAAUACUUUUUUGCCAGUUG